AUGGAUGGGAAGGGUACGGUCAAUAGGAAGAAACUUUCCAGUUGGGUCGGGUUUUCCAACCUUCCUAACCAGGUGCACAGACGUAGUCUACGUCGGGGUUUCCAAUUCGUCGCCAUGGUAGUCGGCGAGUCGGGAUUGGGAAAGUCUACCCUGAUCAACACGCUCUUUGAGACGAAACUCUAUCAACCAAAGGUCAUCCCACUGCCGGGACAGGAGAGACCGAAGACUGUUGAUAUCACGAGUAUCAGUGCUGAAAUUGAGGAGGGUGGUGUCCGCCUCAAACUCACUGUCGUUGAUACCCCUGGUUUCGGUGAUUUCGUCAAUAACGAGGACAGCUGGCGCCCAAUCGUGGACAACAUCGAAUCACGAUUCGAUCAUUAUCUCGAACAAGAGAACCGCGUGAACAGGUCCAAACUCAGUGACAACCGAGUCCACGCAUGUAUCUACUUCAUCCAACCUACAGGCCAUGCCCUUAAACCCAUUGACAUCGAAUUCAUGCGUCGCUUGCAUACCAAAGUCAACCUGAUCCCCGUCAUCGCCAAAGCCGACACUUUGACAGAAGAGGAGGUGCUCUUGUUCAAACAGCGGAUUCUCAGUGACAUCCAGCAUCACGGAAUUCAAAUUUUCCACCCUCCCGCCUACGACAAUGAAGACGAGGAAACGGUCAUGGAAAACGAAGAGAUAAUCAGCAAAGUACCUUUUGCAGUUGUUGGUUCCGACGCCCUCGUCACCGGUGCCGAUGGUCGGAAGGUCCGCGGGCGGGCUUAUCCAUGGGGUAUCAUCGAGGUCGAUAAUGAGACGCAUUGCGACUUUGUCAAGUUGCGUCAGAUGUUGGUCCGUACGCAUAUGGAGGAGCUGAGGGAACACACGAAUGAUGUUCUAUAUGAGAACUACAGGACAGACAAACUCAAGAGCAUGGGUGUCUCGCAGGACGAGAGUGUGUUCAAGGAGACCAAUCCCGCUGUCAAGCAAGCCGAGGAAAGAGCCAUGUACGACGCCAAGCUUGCCAAGAUCGAAGCAGAGAUGAAAAUGGUCUUCCAGCAAAAAGUGCAAGAGAAGGAACAGAAGCUGCGACAAUCCGAGGAAGAGCUGUACGCUAGACACCGUGAGAUGAAAGAGGCGUUGGAGAAACAGCGACUCGAGCUGGAGGAUAAGAAGAGGAGAGUGGAAAGUGGCCGACCACUCACACCUGAAAAGGGAUCGCUGACCAUGCAGAAAAAACGCUUCGGCCUUGGCAAGUAG